GUUAGAUGGCAAGCAGUAACUUGGAUUUACCUGCAAUACCAGUAAGAUGAAAGAAGUUACCAGGCAUGGGUAUUCUUUAAAAUCAUUGCUCCUAGCUAGCUGACUUCCCUCGCCUUCCUCGCUUCCGAUAGCCCUUUGACAGCGCUCUCAGCUCCUACAGCGACGAGGUAUCAGUUGAGCUGUAUGACACACGCUAGUGACCGAGUUGUGCAUCAGGCAUAUCUGGUAAGCAUUGCUUUGGUGGAAAAGCAGCAUGGAAGUGCACAGCGUGUGAGUGAAGCAUACCGUGGAAGCACCCGGGGGCAACGCGUCCUACAGGCUCCACUUACAGCUGGCUUUUGUUCCAAAAAUAGCCCUUCAGUACCAGUAGUUUCUCCUUGUGGGAAGGUAAAGUGGAUGAUGUACUGGAUUGUGUUUGCCUUUUUCACCACUGCAGAAACGCUGACAGACAUAGUUCUUUCUUGGGCUGAGAGAUGCCCUGUUUAUGGAGUUUUCAUGGCUAUGGAUGAAAGACUAAAUGAGACUCGAAGAAGGUUUCCCUUUUAUUUCGAGCUGAAAAUCGCAUUUGUGAUUUGGCUGCUCUCCCCUUACACCAAGGGCUCCAGUGUCCUCUACAGGAAGUUUGUGCACCCAACGCUCUCCAGUAAGGAGAAGGAAAUUGAUGAAUACAUUACUCAGGCUCGUGACAAGAGCUAUGAAACCAUGAUGCGAGUUGGCAAGAGGGGGUUAAACCUUGCUGCCAAUGCAGCAGUUACUGCAGCUGCAAAGGGCCAGGGAGUUUUGUCUGAGAAGCUGCGAAGUUUCAGCAUGCAGGAUCUCACCCUGAUCCGAGAUGAAGAUACCAUGCAUAUACGAAGCCAUGAGCCACAGCUGCACGCCUCUGGUGGGAGUCUUCUUGAAACCAUUGAGGAUUCAGCUUCCUGUUACUCCUCAGGAGAGGAGAGCAAUGUGGCACAGAGGUCUAAUGGAACCCCGUCGGAGACUAGAACAGACCCAUCAGAUGAAGAUGCAGGAGACAAACUUCCUAAACGUACUCAGAGUCUCAAAACUCCUAAGAAAGUGGUGAAAGCUGAGCUUCCAGUAAGAAGUGUGAAAGCCCGCCCUAAGAAGAAAGCUGCAGGCUCUCUUGCUUCUGGCGAGUCAUCCUAAGGAGACCUCCCCCUCCCCAGCACCUGUCUGUCCCGGGAUUUGCCUGUCACUUUUGAGGGGAAACUCCCCAAAGGAAGGGAUCUGAGAUUCAUGUACAUAACAGAUACUGCUUUGUAGAGCUCAUUCCAAGGCAAGGGGAGGCUGGGAUGCAGAAAAUGGAGUAGAGGAUACACAUCCUCAGGAAUUUUCUCCUUUUCAUCUCUCUGUUGGAGGGAAUGCUGAUAUGUCUGUACAUAGCCUGUUGCUUUGGAAUUCCCACUGUAUAACCCUAGUUGGGGACAAUCUUUGCUGGAAAAACUGACUAGGGUUAGAGACAUCCAUUGCACAGAAGCUGGAAAAAUAUUAGACACUGGAGUUCCCCAGGGGGUGGGUGGCUCCCUAAAAUGUCUUAUCUUGCUCUGGGUAUUCUUCUGCAGCUGUGUGUUGUUAAGAAGUGCCCACCAUGAUUCAUCCUCGUUAAGAAUGGACCAUACCUGUCAUGUCCAUCCCCUUUGAGAAGGUGACUGAAAUGAUGUAUGCUGAGUGCUUUUGAACAUAAAGGACUAGCUCAUGGGAGGAGUAUGCUAGAUUCCCAUUACUAGUACUAGAAAAUGAAGAGAUUGGGUUUUAUUUUAUUUUUUUCUGGAAGGUGAAGGGAGAUAAUUGAAAAACUGGGUAAUGAAGAAAAUGUGCUGUUAUUUGCACAUGUGAUGGAGUGGAUACAGGUAUCUCUAAGAGUUAACUAUUGAGAAGGAAAGUUGGGCAUCUGUAAGAUUUUGGCUCUUUUUGAAGCUGCUUGAAUUUUAUUUCAGGUUCUGUUGUUCACUUUGAUUCCUGUGAAAACAUCAGAGUGAGGCGAGUCCCACACAGUGGGAAAAGUAGACAGGGAGACUGUUGCUUUGCCGUUUAGCAGUUGAACUUCGUGUCAUCCUGAUGCUUGUUACUGUGGACAAAUUCUUUCAUUCUAGCAGAUGACUGGGGAAAAUCUGGCUCAAUGGAGUCUGCAGACAUUCUUGAGAAUUUCAGAAGCCCUUAUCUCUCAGCUUUAGGAGAUCCAAUCCUCAGGGCAUGAGAACUGCUAAAUAGCUGAUGUAUGAAUUUCGCUAAUUCCAGGAUUCCAUGUAUGGGGGCUAAAAAGCAGGGAGUAGGGCACAAUACUGUGAUUAGUCUGUCCUCUUGUUUUAUCUUACUGCAGCCCUUGCACAGAUUUUCUGUCUGAAAAGUUUCAUGUUUAUCAAUGUCCUGAGACUUGAGCAAUAUGUAACGCUUGGGACAGAAGUACACUGAAUGUAGAAUACGUAUCGUGGGAGUGAAAUUGCAGUGCUGCAGAGAAAAUUUGCAUCAUGCCAAGCCAUACUGGAUUCUAAUCUAAACGAUGUUGAACAUCGUUAAGGGGAGAUCCCCUGUACACAUGCCAACAGGGUCAAUGAGAAUUUAUGAGUAGGGUUUCUGUUGUGGAGAUCUAUAAUGAGGGAGCACCAUUACAGACCUGGUUGUCUGAAGGAAUACUUGAUGGUCUUAAUCUUUACUGAAACUAGUUAUCAAAGGAACCUGGCUCCUCCUUCCCUACUGAAUACCAUUCCUAGCUUGAGGUGCAGGCAUUUGUGUUUGUCCACGUCUUUUGCUGUCACAUUUCUGAAAUUACAGUGGAUUUUUCACAGAGCCCAGUAUUUUGCUGUUGACGAUAUACAGAAGCACUUCUGCAAGUAACAUUCCACAAGUAUUUCUGUCCUAAGGAAUAGCCCUUAAAAAGUUUGUAGAGGUGAAGAUUAGGACUGAUUUUUUUUCUUGUUUCCCAUUGUCUUGGUGGCAAAUGUUAUGAAUUGGCUAGUUAUUUUAGGAAACCGAUUAAGUUGGUUUUAUUUUAUUUGUAGCUUUAAAAAAUUGAAGUCUUGACAGACCAUGUCAGAAACUUGCAUCUUGUCAAAAAUACUUGUCCUAGAUUAUCCACAAGGCCUUAUCUGGAAGCCAAUAGAAAAUCCUUGAUUUGGCUUUGAGUUUUGAAUUUCACAAAAAACCCCAAGUAGUUUGUUCCUUUUAGUUUGUUAGCAAACAUUGUAUACAUGUAUACGUGUAUCGCUAGUACAUGCAAAGGCAUGUCUUGAAGCAGGAAUUAUUUCUGUUUCCAAAGGAAAUUUCUCUCUCCAUACGAGAGAUAAAAAUCUUUACUGAUUAUAUGGGAGAUUCAGUUGUGAGGAAUUGCUGUCCUAGAUUUUACUGUACUGAAUAAGAUACAACCAUUAUUCUCUACAUACCAAGUAUCUGUAUGACCACAGUUCUUGAAUAUUUUUUUUUUUUUUUAACUAAAGAUUUCCGUAGCAAAUUAUUUAUGUAAAUCAUUGUGAGGGACUUGAUUUGGAAGCCAAGGACUGGUUAGUCUCCCCUAAGAAGGGAUCUUCAUGCCCUUUCCUUGUGCGUGCGUUGUGAUAGUCUCUGAUUACUCUGUUUUCAUACAGUGAGUUUCCAAAAUGUUUUCUAGAAUCAGUUCAUCUGUAGUAAUUCUUCCUGCUUUGAAGCACAGGAAGAAUUUCUGAAGACUCAGUUUUGGCAUUUGGAUUUACCUUUGUCUUCCUGAGCUAGGUCCUGUGCUAAGUAUCUUUUACUUAGCAUUGAUGCUUGAUGUCAUUAGCCUGUGGGUACGUACAGGUCAGUCUUACUAUGACUUUUGUUGUACAGGGGAAUUAAAGGACUUCUGGUUGUAAGAGAGAGUCUGGAGUAGAGUCAGGGACUAUUAGCUGGUGUGUGAUAUGAAGCUGAUGAUGUCAAGCAGCAGAACUUACCCAGAGCAAGAACAAUGUCAUAGCAUGGACACUAUUUUUCUUCUUCCAGUACAGAUAUGACUGCUAGAUAGUGCCCUGCUUGAUCAAAGCCUCUGUAGAUCUGCCACCGCCCACAUGACCUCUUCAUGAGUUUCUAGAUAUAGUUCUGCAUUGGGUGGCAUGGUCUCGCAUAGAAAUUCUCUUGUUAAUGAGAAUGCUGAAUAUGCUGUUUUGGUAAAAUGCUUUUAUCAGCUGUUGUUCAGUGUUUUCAGCGGGAAAUGCUGGGGUGUAGUUUCUCUUCAGUAUCAUCUAUGGGCUUCAUUGUGCAGUUAAGCAAAUGGUUAAAUCUUCACCUAGCAGUAGAACCCAUUGUGUUCAGUAAGUGUUUAUACACCUUUCCUAAUAUGCCUGGGCACAGAGAAACACAGUAAGACAAAAUGAUGCCUAAAGUUGGGGGGGGGGGAGGUACGUAUGUGUCAAACUUUGUGUGCCUAAAAAUUAUCCUGAAGCACCUGUACCAUGAGAUACAAAGUGAAGCCAUGACUGCCUCUUGGAAAGAAAUGUUGUACCUCCACACUUUAUAAUACUAUAUACGGUCUUUCUUACAGUUUUUCUGCUGUUGGAAAAGAAAAUAGCGAAAUGUGGUUUCCCUUCUGAGAAACCUAAUGAUUUGCUGUAUGAAAGGGAAAAAUCUUUUCUUGCUUGGCAGUAUCCUCCAUGGUGGGUAAGAAAUAGGAAAAUAUAAGGCAGACUACUGUCAGGUUUUAAACCCUACAUUUCAACUAAACAUCUUAAUUUAUUGAGUUUCUGAUUCUUCAGCCUUACAUUUCUGAGUCUGGGAGACCGAUUUCUUUUAGACUAGAUUAACUUCCUUGGUAGAUAGCCUCUAUAUUAGAGAAGAGGGAUACUGGUGUUCUUAAAAUAGCAAAGCUUGUUCUGGGAAAGCUACACCUUCCCCCAUUUUAGUGAAUUGAGUUCAGUUCCGCAGUGCUGGGCUUUCUUUUUUAUACAUGCCUCUUGGAAGUAUGACUCCCUCACAAUAUGUGGCCAAGUCAUUUCUGCCUUGAAAAGGAAGAUUUCUAGA